UAUUUCAGAUAGAGGCUCUGGUGACAAGCAGUGGCGGCUUAUGGUGACUACACAAGGGAGCGAUACUGACUGAUAAGAGUGAACAGUGAGUUAGUGACGGUGAACGAGGUAUUCAGGUACACGAGUAACGGAACUGAAGGCGAGGAGAGUAUUGAACAGUGUUGAAGGACGUCUCGCACUGGAUGAGGAAAAGGUUGUGUUGCCUAGGACACGUCUGAGUGUAGUACGUUCACAUUGUGUUUAGACGCUGGAGGAACGUAGUGUUGAGUAACUUAAGUUGUGAGAGUAAGGAACGUUUGCUGUGUGUGUGUGUGUGUGUGUGUAAGACUGCCGGAGGUGUCCUCGUGAUGUAGCUUCCAUGUCUCUGGGAGUUGUUGGGAGGGAGGGCGAGAGGCAGCAACAGAGCGGAUGACGUCUUGGGCAUGUCAGCACGCCAGCUGGACGUCCUUCCCUCGGCAUGGAGGGCCAGGAUGAGACGGACGGCGCCCCUACCCACCACCAGGCCCCCCAACCCCCUCACCCGAACCCAAUAGCAGCCGUGGAGGACAACCCACGGGCGUCUCAGGCCGACGCAACGACGGCCAACCACAACGGCCGCGUCAACGUCCAGAAUCUGACUCAGGUGCGUCCUCUCCAAGCGAUGGACUCCGUCGAGAUGGGAAUGGACCCUGACAGCCUGGCCGAGGACGGGGAGACGACGGCCAGCUCGGCCACCACCGUCGUGUGUGACUCGCGGUUCUUCUGUGCCACACCCGACAACCCCGACAACACCAACCUCGACUCCCUCGACCAUGACUCAGGUCCCGAAAGCCAUCCUGACGAGGAGACCGAUGUCCUGCCGGUCACCCCGUGUUCGGGCCUCACGCCCUCCCCAACAGGGCCUUCACCGACUCAGCCCUCCUCGAAUGGAACCCCCCCGACCGGUCCUUCCCCGAACGGGCCCUCACCUGCUGAACCAUCCCCGAACGGUCCCUCCUCAAAUGGACCCUCAUCGAUCGGGCCCAGAGUGAUAGCCAUGAACGAGGACUAUCAGGUGUGUCAGCAGCAGCAGGCAGCGAGGAUGUCACCCCCCUCGGAGGCUCGGGAGGUGGUGCAGGAGGGAAUAGGAUCCCCUCCCGUGCUGGUGACCUCCCCACACCACGACUGUGACCCCGAGAUCUCCUUCCCCAUCUGCUCCAUCAAUACAGACGAAGCCCAAAGCCCAAGGUCAUCCAGCCCGACCUUCUCCUCUGGAAUGUCUCCCCCUAGUGAGCGCGGCCUGAGCCCCGACCUGCAGGAGGAACAGGUCGAGGCCUUCUUAGAUCGACACCCACACGUCGUCGAGCGUUGGCUGAGGGAGAGAACACCCAUGGCCGCAUUCAGGAACCUACGCGGGGGCCGCAGCCUCUUACAGACAGACCAACUGGAACGCUCUUGGGAAUCUGAUAACAAGGAUACCCCGACCUCUGGCACGCCUACAGACAACCAACACCUGGUGGCUAACUACUCCUACUCCAGCAGAAGGAACUCCAUCAGCUCCUGGCUCUCCCCCAAGAGUCUCAAGUCCAAGAAGGUGGAACGACUGACGGAGCCGGAACUGUUCAUGGAGCUAAUCCGGGACAUCAGCACAGAGCUGGACAUAGACACACUGUGCCACAAGAUCCUGGUGAACGUCGGCCACCUCACUCACGCCGACCGAGCCUCCCUCUUCCUUACCCAGGGGCCACGACACAACCGGUACCUCGUAGCCAAGCUCUUUGACGUCACGGUUGAUACAGUCCUGGAGGAGGCGCUGUCUAAUGCUGCCGAGAAGGAGAUCCUACUGCCAUGGGGUGUGGGCAUCGUCGGCCACGUUGCCAGCACCAAGGAGGUCAUCAACAUCAAGGACGCUUACCAGGACCCGAGGUUUGACGCCAGCAUUGACCGACGCACUGGGUAUCGAACCAUGAGUGUGUUGUGUAUGCCGGUGUGUAACUACGAGGGGGAGGUGAUUGGCGUAGCAGAGAUCAUUAACAAGAAGAAUGGCACCAAUGAGUUUACCAAGCAAGAUGUAGAGGUGUUCCGGCGAUACCUGACCUUCUGCGGGAUUGGAAUUCAGAAUGCACAGCUGUUUGAUAUGUCGGUGAGGGAGUACAAGAGAAACCAGCUGCUACUUCAACUGGCUCGUGGCAUCUUCGAGGAACAGACGUCAUUGGACCGCCUAGUGACGAAGAUCAUGACAGAAGCCCGAGAGUUGUUGAAGUGUGAGAGGUGCUCCGUCUACCUUCUCGACCCCCAGACGACAGGAUCUACAGUGGAGACACCAAGCCUGGAUACAUCCCAACCUGCCGAGACUCUGGUGAUAAGGCAGACCAUCGCCCCGACCCCGGAGAAGCUAAUGGCAAUCCCGCCGGAGACGAUGACGGUGCACAUGGCCUUUGAGCUGCAGUCACAAGAAGGAGAGUGUCGAAUUACCAGACCUUCAUCGGCCCAGUUGGCUGCCUCCAUCCACGCUCGACUCGCUAACUAUGUCUGCUCGACGGGCCAGACAGUCAACAUCAACAAUGUGGUGGAAUGGCUCGGUGGUCCACUACAAGACGGCGGCCUUGUUACCCACAGUGUGCUUACCAUCCCCAUUUUCAACUCCUCCAGAAAGAUCCUUGGCGUGGCUCAGAUGAUAAACAAGGAGAGCGGUCUUCACUUUACCGACCACGACAUCAACACCUUUGAAGCCUUUGCGAUCUUCUGUGGUCUUGGCAUCCAGAACACUCAGGUGUACGAGAAGGCUUGUCGGUUGAUGGCACGGCAACAGGUGGCGCUAGAGUGUCUCAGUUACCACGCCACGGCAUCCCAGAGUGACACGGAGCACCUGAGGACAGCAGAUAUACCAACCUCACUAGACUUUGACCUCUACAACUUCGACUUCUGCGACUGUGUGUUGACGGACGAGGAGACGUGUAAGAGUGUCGUCAGGAUGUUCAUUGAUCUCGACCUCCUCAACUGCUUCCACAUAUCUUACGAGGUGUUAUGUCGGUGGCUGUUGAGUGUGAAGAAGAAUUACCGACCCGUGAAGUACCACAACUGGCGCCACGCUGUGACUGUCGCCCAGACCAUGUUUGCCAUGCUGAAGACUGGCAAGAUGGAACAGUUUAUGACCGAACUUGAGAUGCUGGGGCUGCUGGUGGCCUGUCUAUGCCAUGACCUGGAUCAUCGCGGCACUAACAACAGCUUCCAGACCAAGACCGACAGCCCCUUGGCCAUCCUCUACUCCACCUCCACCAUGGAACACCACCACUUCGACCAGUGUGUUAUGAUCCUCUCUCAAGACUCUAACAACAUUUUCCAGUCACUGGCAGCAGAGGACUACCGCCGGGUGAUGACGCUGGUAGAGAACCAUAUCCUCAGUACAGACAUGGCCAUGUACUUUAAGAAGAAGAACACUUUCCUUGAGCUCUCGGACAACGGCGAGUUCGACUGGCAGAGCGAAGAAACGAGCAAUGUGUUGUGUGUUAUGAUGACGGCAUGUGACGUAUCAGCCAUCGCUAAACCGUGGGAGGUACAACACAAGACGGCUAAACUGGUGGCUGACGAGUUCUUUGAGCAAGGUGACCUAGAGCGGCUCCAGCUGAACGAGAAACCUAUGGCGAUGAUGGACCGAGAGAAGAAGGAUGACCUGCCGAAGAUGCAGAUGGGCUUCAUAGAGGUCAUCUGCCUACCACUAUACAAGGCGCUGUCGGAGUCGUUUCCGUGGGUGAAGCCGCUACACGACGGCUGUCAGCGGAAUCAUGAGCAGUGGAAGCGUCUGGCGGAGCAGGUAGACAUGGGCCUUACCUGGAUCGACCACGAGUACAUCGAGCGACCUGUUGAGAGGAAUGAGUUGGAAGUUAUCAGCAAGAUCACUCUCAACCCCAAGCUGCCGGCACCCCAGUCCUGCCCGGGUACCUCCCCAUCACUUCCUAAAGCUGAGAGUGAGCGUAUCAAGGGAAGGCUGGGUCUAGGUUCAGCUCUCCGGGGGGCGCGAGCACUGAAGGGCGGCGGCAAGAGGCGGUCUGUGGAGAAGCGCCUCGACCGUGUCAUGGAUUCCUCUACCGACCAGCGGCCGGCACGGAUGUCACCCAAGGAUGAGCUAGCCUCCUCUGCCACCGUGUCUCGUCAGGCGUCACAGGAUGAGAGCACUGGGAGGAGCAGACAACAAGGGAAGGCGUCUAACAAACUGCGGAGUAGACUGUGUGUCCUCCUGUGACCUGACCUACACACUCCUGCCGCAGCCACCUGACCUGAUCACGCCCUCCAGCUGACCUGACCUUCUCACCACCACCUGAAGUUGAUCUGGCACACCUCGAAGUGACUUGAAUACCUAGCCACACCUUUGAAUUGACCCGCUAAGUUGACCAAUUCCUCGGAGCUGACUUGAGGACAUGUCCACAACCCUCGAACAGAGCUGACCAUACCCUGGGCUGACCUAAUAAUCUGGUCUUCCACAUAAGCUAACCUAAGGACCUGAUCAGACCCUGGACCUGCAGGAGCUAACCUGAAGACGUGGUCACAUCCUGGAGUUCACCAGAUAACCAGGGACACACAUACACACAACCUGUCUACUCCCCCCUAACUCCUGCGGGCGGCCAUCACACAGACCACCUCAUAGUCCCUUCGUCAAGAGUCCGGAGCCACCAGGAGCUAUGAGGACUCUGCCCCGGUGUUCUAACAAAGUGAUAGUAGUGUUAGCGACUAUAUAAUCCAAUGUAUAUUUACGUCACGACACAAGAGAGCGCUAGAGGUAGUUACUACAAGUUGUCGAUUCCUUACGUUAGUGUUUCCCAAGAUCGUGUAAGAAAGGCCUCGAGCUGUGGUUUUUCAUCAUUUUUUUUUUUACAUUCUUUACUUUAUUUUUCUUUCGUUUGUGUUCCGCGUAGCAAUAACAUUUAUAUAUCAUCUCCUGUACUGGUCGUCCUCAGCUGAAGGAAGCCCUCAGGAUAGAUGGAAGUAAGGCAGAAGGAAAUGGGAAGUCCUUUUGCUGUUUAAUACAUAGUCCGUCCCUCCACAGAAUGGGUUACUGGCCGUUGGAAGGUGGACAUCUCUCUCACCUGUGGACACUACGCAACACAACACGGAAUGUGGAAAAAAAAAAAGACUAUUAGUGUGUUUUAAAUCUUCUAUCAAUAAGAAAAAAUAAACAGUGGAUAAAUCUCUGUGCUAAUAGUGGUGACAUGAGAAGAACAACAACCACAACAGUAUCUCAGUGCCAAUGGGGCUGUAGCUACCUGACUAUGAGAAUGGGGAUAUAAUGUCGCAUGGUUUGGAGGUACUGUCCAUGACUCUUACAGGUUUGGAGGUACUGUCCAUGAAUCUUACAGGUUUGGAGGUACUGUCCAUGAAUCUUACAGGUUUGGAGGUACUGUCCAUGAAUCUUACAGGUUUGGAGGUACUGUCCAUGAAUCUUACAGGUUUGGAGGUACUGUCCAUGACUCUUACAGGUUUGGAGGUACUGUCCAUGAAUCUUACAGGUUUGGAGGUACUGUCCAUGAAUCUUACAGGUUUGGAGGUACUGUCCAUGAAUCUUACAGGUUUGGAGGUACUGUCCAUGAAUCUUACAGGUUUGGAGGUACUGUCCAUGAAUCUUACAGGUUUGGAGGUACUGUCCAUGAAUCUUACAGGUUUGGAGGUACUGUCCAUGAAUCUUACAGGUUUGGAGGUACUGUCCAUGAAUCUUACAGGUUUGGAGGUACAGCUCACGAACACUACAGAUCGAAAGAACUUUACAGAUUUGGAUAUACAAGAGAAGUGCAAUUGACGUGGUUUGGGAUUAUGACCAAAAAAAAAAUCCCUCAAGGUUAAUUAUUUUUGUGCAACGCUGAGAGAAAAAUGGAUGUUAUACUAAAGAGACAAUAUGUUCACAAAGAUUAUUUUAUGUCGACCAGUGUUGACGUCGGUGAUUCAUGUUUUGUGUUGUGAGUUUCUCCGACUGGUAUAAUGCCCGUUUAGUAAAGUCUUAUAAGAUGUAGAAUAAUAAUAUCUAUAUUGUUUGAGUGUAGUUGUAUCUGAGAACAAUGUCAUCAGUGUGAUCUAUAGGGAACUUGUAGACGAUAAUGACCAGAAUACAGUAGUGGUACUUCUUAUUUUCUUUCUAUGUCUGCGGAGAGUAGCCCUAUAUAUUUCAGUAUAUUUAAGCAUGUUUUUUCACACGUACAUAUACCCAAGCUUGGCCACUUUCUUUUCUAUAUUGAUUUUGUUCAUUUUAGUUCUAAAAAAUUAUUAUCAGAAACUCUUGUUAAUGUAAUGGAAAUGUGUUCAAUCCUUAGUCAAAUUUUUUUGUACUACGUGCUCGUCAGAACACUCGGCCUUGCAUUCAUUUCUUUGCUUAUAUUUGCUGGAACUAAACAUCACUAGAUCAGUUUACUAACAUCACUAUUUAAACCCCAAACAUCCUUAUCAUACACAAAAACACAAUUUUACCCCAUGGAAUAUAAUUUAACAUUGUAAUUUAGCACAAAUUCAAUUGCCGUGUACUUACUUGAUGACACACACACACACACACACACACACAGGUGGUAAACACAAACCUCAUCGUUGUCUCCGUGUAGUGUAGCAGUGAUGAUGGACCCACAAAUUUGUCUUCCACACUACCACCCCUAAUUUCCUUACUUGAUUUACUUUGAACAGAUUAAUACUCUUGUGAUAAUGAAGAAUAAGUUUAGCACAUUCUAUGGUUUACAGUACACACACAUGUAUGAACAAUUACACCUAAGUUACACUCUUGUCAGCCAUUACAUUGUUUAUAACACACCUACACAAACUGAUGUAUAUAAUUCGUCCAUUUAUGCAUCACCAAAAGUACACCUAGACAUGUGAUAACAUCUAAAUCACUUACACUUAUAGUUCAUUAACUUGAUACACUUACUACUGCGUUUAUGUUAGACUCUCGCCAGCACUGUUACACCUCGACCAACAACUGUGUCAGGGUCUUCGGUCACACAGUAAUAGUUAUCUUACGCCACCGUCUAGUUUCUUCCAACACAUUGAUAAAUAUUCACAACAUUUGUAAUUUAACAUCAUAUAGUUAUGUGUAUUUGAAGUGAUGAGGAUAAAAGGAUUUUUUAGAAAUGUGAUCUUCUUAAGUAGUCGUUGUCUAAUUACUUUCAAUAUUGUAUAAGUGUACUUUUGAGGGAUGUCAGUGUUUUUUGUAACUAAUAUGCUCUCAAAGCUUUUGCGUAUUACUAGUAAGUAUUGCUUUUUAGGGGUGUGUACUGCACACACACACACACACACACACACACACACACACACAUACUCUUCAGUAACCACAAUCAAUACCGUUCUUGUAAUCAACAUACCUACGCAGCUCUUUAUCAUGUUCUUGUGUUCAGUACAAUAACACAUUUACAGGAUCAUUUAUUAUACUCUUACUGUGUUCAGCAUACAUUUCCUAGGACUCAUCUACCUACCGUGUUGUUCAUUCAUCAGUAAAUACAUCUUCCCCUAUGAACGUUCAGCUGUUCACACCAGAGUGUCUAGGUCAGCCUGAUGUGUAUAUUACUUAACAGUGUCUCGUGUAUAUCUCCUCUUAUUUCUCUAAUAACUUCUCAGUUCCACAGUUUCUAUACAGCAGUUCUAUGUUAUUCGGGGAUUUUCCUGUAGUUGCAUAAUGAAAGGUAGUGAAGCAAAGAAUCUGUAGAGGCACUUCUGUUGGACGUGCGCCCUCACGACGCACUCACAGGCGGCUGAUGCACGGUUAGGUGAUGUGUCUUGAGUGUAAACAAAUGCACCAACUUGAAUUAUGUUUGCUUUCUUGUCAUCUCACGAAAAAUUUUUAACACCAACAGGUAAAGACACCAGAGGCUAAACUAGUUAUGUUAAGCCACGCCCAAACGUCCAUUGUAAUCAAGGUGUGUCCAGGUACCUGAACGACAACACCACCAGAAGUCUGCAAACGAAAGUGGAUGAAACAUAUCACUAAAGGUUCACACUCAUGAGUAUCGUAACACUUGUGACAUCUACCAAGACUCUGCUCACAAGAACGGAUAUUGUAACCUUUUGGCGGUUUUCACAUCUACCGAGGCUGUCUAGCUUCUGAGUAUCGAUCCUAGUUUUCAACUCUAGAACAUAGCACCGAGGCAGCAGUUUGUGUGUACGGCUGUUAAAGUGUCUCCCGCCGAGUGUGUCGUGAGUGUAUACAGCCAACCAAGUGCAGCGCCACAAGUGUGAAACUAAAAAGUUGUCGCUGGUAGUGUGUCUGUCUGUUGAUCUUACAAGUGUCAAAUAGGCCCUUCCCCUUUUUCUGUUUCUUUUUUAGAAGUUUCAUCUCCAGCUAGAAGAAUCAAAACUUAGCAAGUGCUUUCAGUUACAAUCAAAGUUGCAACAUCAACACGAGCGUGACUGUCCAGGUCUGACAGUUUGAUGCUACAGCAACAGUCAACACAAGAAAGUACAAUGGUUUCAUGAUCAAAUUGACUGUAAUGACUGUAAUAGGGUUAGUGUUAAAAGCCCUCAGUGUGAGUUUUUCAUAAGCGAGGCACUGUGACGCUGUUCUAUUGGUCAUCUUGUGGAGGAGGGCCAACCUGUAAUGGACGUGCUGAACCGGAAGUAGAGGUGCCCGCCCGGAGGUCAAGAGGUACAAUAGGAAGCUGAUUUGCCCAACCUAAGGUAGAAGUGUCAAGCAAAGAAGUGGUGAAUCGGAAGUAUUGUUACGCAACCAGAAAUGACUGUGUUACCUCAGAGUAGUGGAUGGUGGUACGUCAGAAAAGUGGGUGGCACCUACUCUUAACGGGCGGCACCUCACACAAGUGGGCGGCACAUUUUAAAAUUGGGGUCGGCCCUCACCCUCCUCUCUCACAUAGGCCUAACCUCAUCUUAACAUUCCAUCAAUUUACUAAUAAACUUACAAAGAUUCA